AUGAACGAACACACAGUGCUUAGCAUGAACGACGACUAUGACGACGGAGACGAGCUCUCGGAACUACCCGGCUCCGCGAUGGAUGUGGCCCCCAGUGGUUCUGGCAAGUCGUUCGAAAAGAUCGUCAGGAGAAGGAGCAGCAAAGCUUGUGAUCAGUGCCGGAAGUCUAAAUGUAAAUGUGAAAGGUCCGGCGAGAACGAACCAUGCAAGAGCUGUAUUAUGUUGGGAACGCCUUGUACAUUUCUUGGUCCGUCCAGGAAGCGUGGCCCACCAAAAGGCUACAUUGAUGCUAUCGAGGCUCGCCUACACCAGACCGAAGCGCUUAUCGGCAUCCUUCUAGCGGCGAACGACACGCGCGCUCAAUCCCUGCUCGAAGACCUUGCUCAGGACGGGCUUGCUAAGGAGAUCAUUGAACGUGUGGAUAAUUCUCCGUACGGUAUCAAAGGACGCAGCCGAGGCGCAGAUUCGGCCAAUCCUAACAGGCCCCGUACAUCAAGCACACAGCCAGGGCAAGGCGAGGGAUCGAAUACGAACUCGAUAAACUCAACUCAUCCUUCGAACGAGUGGCAGGACAGCGUGUCUGCACGAAUUAACGCCCUUGCCAUCUCCCGUAAACAAAACAUAUACGCUCCCGGCGAUUCUCCUGCCUCCAGAUAUACCGACGAUGGUCCACGUCAAGGACGACCUCUACUCUCCCUUACAACUCCACAGGACGUUGCCGAAGACCGCUCGCUCUCACCCGCCCGACGCCAACGGCGACGUGUCGGCGACGAGGGCCCAUCUUCAGCUCACCCAGCCUCCCAAUCUCCCUCCCGGUCACCGCGGCACCGACCCUCAAUGGGUUCGAUGCAUGACCGGUACGCGAGCGGAUCUCCGGGUUUCCAGGAUGCGACUGGAGAUACAAACACUGGCACCUCGGACGCGCUCGACGAAAGCUCGGACGAUGAAUUGGCGGGGGAAGUGGGUCAGUUGAGUUUGAAUGAGGAGCGGGAGGUACGUUACCACGGCAAAGCCAGUGGUCUGCACCUGCUCCACGUCAAGGACCGUGUGGACGGCAGAAACGAGGGUGGAAUCUGGCGCUUCCCGAAGGCGAGGGUGUGGCCUCCCUUACCAUGGAAUGCGACCUCCGCCAAGGCUUCACCAGACUCUUCCCCUACUCUGCCUGAUCUUCCGAUUCAGGAACAUCUACUAGAUCUCUACUUCACUUACGUCCAUCCCGCGCUGCCCAUCGUUCACAAACAGACUUUUCUCGAGGAUUUCCGCAAUGGACAAGUCGCUUCUGGCCCGUCACCAAGUUCGAGCAGCUCGGGCCCGACGUCACCGACAGGGUCUUCGCCACGUUCCAAACGCACUCCUAUCUCCCAACUGCUCCUUCUUGUCAUGUUCUCCAUCGCCGCCCGAUACACGUCCCGGGGCGACGCGGAUGCUCCCACUCCCACAGACGGCUCGAUGUGGCCGGCAGGAGAUGUCUACCUCGACCAAGCGAAGAUCUUGUUGAACGAUUGUUAUUCAAGCUCGAGAUCGAGUACGUGUCAAGCUUUGCUCUUGAUGGGAUAUCGAGAGAUUGGGAUAGGAGCGAUGGCGCAGGCUUGGUUGUAUGUCGGCAUGGCGGUCAGGAUGGCGCAGGAUCUGGGGAUACACAAGAGUGCGGACCGGUGGCAGCAUGUGGGUAACUCCUUGUUUAGUCAAGUCGAGCUGCAGGAAAGGAGACGGGUGUGGUAUGGCUGUGUUAUUAUGGAUAAGUAUGUUUCGACAUAUAUCGGACGUCCGCUGUCGAUUUACGAGCGAGACUUCAAUGUCGAGCUGCCCAGCCUCUCGGAGGUCGAAGAGAACGAGGAAUGGAGGUCACAUCCCUCGGACCCGUUGAUGUACGACGAAAACGAGAAGGAACCAAACCUAGCGCUGAUCACCCUACCCGGCCGUGUAAUCUCCUGUUUCAAUGCCUCGGCGAAGCUAUCCAUCAUCCUGAGCAAGAUCGUGCAGGCCCUGUACGCCGUUCGUUCCGGUCCUGGCCGACAUGCGGAAUCGUUAAGGUUGGAUCAGGAAUUGGACAAGUGGUAUUUUGAGCUCCCGGACCACCUACGGUACGAUUCUGCGCGCUCGAAGAAGGGGGCGACGCCACCGCCACACGUUCUCGUAUUGCACAUGCAGUACUGGUGUGUCGUACUGCUGCUGCACCGGCCAUUGUCUUCGUCGCCUAAAGAAGAUCCACAGACGUGUGCGAUCUCGCAGAAAAACUAUGACCUCUGUGUUCAGGCCGCGAAUCAUAUUACCUCCGUCGUCGCCACAUACAAAGAUAAUUAUUGUAUCAAGCGCGCACCAGUUUUCCUGUCGUACUACGUCUUCAGUGCCAGUGUGAUGCACGUGACAACCCUCAAUGCAUACCCCGAUGAUCCACAAGCACGAAUGGGACUCAUCGCCUGCAUGGACGUCCUGAAAGCUCUCGAGGUCGUCUGGCCAAGCGCAGGACGUGCGUGGGAACUCCUCCGAGGCUCGAACGUUAACUCGGCCAGCGCAGCCAGUGCCUCACCCGAUCUCUCGAAUUCCUCGCCUUCAGGCCGACCAACGUCUAAGCGCACCGCAGAGCACUUCCUCGAAGACUCGCACUUCUUCUCCGGCGUACCAGUGCCAGGUUCUGGUCCUCGUGCUUCAGCUGGAGGUCCUGGUGCGAGUCAGGCUUUCCCGUUGACUGCGAUCUCCGCCACGGCGGGCAACCCCAACCCGUCGAAUCCGAACAUCCCCCCAAACCACAACCCACAUGGCCCCGGUUCUCAUUCGUCGCAGUCUCAUUCACAUAGCGCAGGCUCGAAUGGGAGUUACUACCCAUCCUCGUAUGAUCGUUGGGCCGGAGACGGCAGCCUGAGCACGUUCCCCGCGAGCCUGUCGACGUCGGUGUUGCCGCAACAGUAUAGCACUGGGUUCGUCGAUGAUCAUCGCGCGAGGGCAGCAUCAGCAGACGGCGGAGGGGGCGCGCCGGGAUCGCAGAGGUAUCCUCAAUAUUGGAGCGAUUAUUCGAGCCUGGGGUCGUUGAGCACUAGUUUUGGGGUACCGAUGCUGCCGCCGGAGUCGUUGCAACACGCUCAGCAACACCAACAGGGGCAGGGGCAGAACCAGACGCAGAAUCAUCAGGGCGCGGGCCAAGACAAGAUUUACGUGCCGGAACAAUACCAACAUAUGUUCGGUGAGUUGAAUUGUUCCGGUGUCGUCACACGUAUUUCUCACCACGGAAUUAUGUGGAUGUAG